AUGUCGAAGUACAGUCUACGAAAUAUUCUCGAUGAAGAGCUGGUCAAUAAGAACAACGCCUGCACAAGGAUUGUCGUCAAUGCACUGGAUUUCUUUCUGUUCCCAGACCGUUUCCAAAACAUGUCACUUAAACCUCGUUUGUCUUUGGACAAAUGCGAACAUGUGGUGAUACUCACUGGUGGGGCAUGUAAAUCUGGUAACAAGAGGGACACCCAGUGUUUUGUUCCCUCCACCUUAUCAUGGGUAUCCCUACCCAUGAUGCCAUAUCCUCACAGUCACCAUGGUGUUGCAGUGUGUGGUGGACUGCUGUAUACAUUGGGAGGGAACAACUCAGGGCGAAUGUGUUGUUUUAACCCAAAACGAAACAAAUGGAGCUCGCUGGGUAGAACAUUAAUAGCUAUAGACUGUUCAGUCACGUGUUUUCAUGAAGAGCUGUAUGUAAUUGGUGGAGAGGGUUCUUGGCAAGAUGUUCAGAUAUACAAUCCAGUUCUUGAUACAUGGAGACAAGGGGCAUCGAUGGAAGCCUGCCGUGCUGCCCAUUGUUCAGUUUUGCUGCAAGAACUUAUUUAUGUAUUUGCUGGUCACGAUGGCAACAUCUGUCUAAACAGUGCAGAGUGCUACAAUCCAUUAACUGAUCAAUGGACGAAGAUUUCAAGUAUGUCUAAAGUCCGAAGGUUUGCUGCUGCUGCAACAGUUUUUGAGAAAAUUGUUAUUGUUGGUGGAUUUGGUGACAUGACAGUUACAACCAUAGAACCUUCUUGUGAAAUGUUUGAACCUAGUACAAAACAAUGGAGCCUGGUGUCUAGUCCACUUAACCCUCGUGCUGCGCAUGGUGUUGUAAGUAUAGAUGGCAUUGUGUACUUGUUUGGAGGAGAAGAUGAGAAUACGCGCAAAGGUGCUGUGGAAUGUUUUGAUUUGAAAAAUAAUGAAUGGAAGACAGUUGGCUUCAUGCCAAAAACUGUGCAGGCCUCAUUCUUUGGAACAUCAUUGCUAAAAUUGCAAAAAGAGUUUAUUCACUAA